AUGGCAGGUUACGUGACUCUUCGCGGUUCGGACGAUCCGCAAGAUGAGGGACUGCUGGGCGGCACCAGCAGCCACACGGGCGAAGACUGGAAGGCCCGUCUCGCCACGAUGGGGAAGAAAAUGGGGGAGUCGAUGAACGCCGUCGGCGGGAAAUUGACGGAAUCAAUGACGGAAAUCGGCGACAAGAUGAAAAACAUCUUCCACACGCCGACGCUCGCGGAUCGUCUGGUCGAAGAAGCGACGGACGAGAUCCUAAUCUCCCCCGACUGGGGCCGAAAUCUCCUAAUCUGCGACCUCGUAAACUCGGGAAAGCUCCCGGGAGGCGAGACGGUGCGCGCGAUUAAGAAGCAGCUCGGGUCGCGAAACUCGCACGUGCAGAUGCUGGCGCUGGCGCUGCUGGAGAUGGCCGUUAAGAACUGCUCGUCGCUCUUCUCCGACGUGGCGAACGAGCGCGUGCUGGACGACAUGGUGCGCGUCGCGGACGAGCCGCACAGCGCGGCGCAGCUGCGCGAGAAGGUGCUGAAGAUGAUCGAGGCGUGGGGGGAGGCCACGGAAGAGCUGAGGUACCUGCCUGUCUUCGAAGAAACUUACAAGAGCCUCAAGAUGCGUGGGGUGGUCUUCCCGCCGCGCGACGCCGAAUCCCUCGCGCCCAUCUUCACGCCGCCCGCCAGCGUGCCGCCCGCCGCCGUGCAAGCCGCCCACGCGCUGCUGGAGUCGGUGGAGGGGCAGAUGGCCAAUGAGGUGGCGCCACCUGGCGUGUCGAUGGUGCCGCGGCCGGAGGGCGGGCACAUGGUGGUGUUUGACAGCAAGGAGAUCUUCGAGAUUUCCAGGAACAGUGUUGAGCUGCUGGGGACCGUUCUUUCCUCCGCUCCUCCUGAACAAGUGCUCACGGACGAGGUGGUGCCAGCACUGGCAGCACAGUGCCGGGCGGCCAAGAGCAGUCUGCUGCGGCUGAUCGAGCACGAGAACAGCAACUCAGAGGCCCCCAGCGAGACGCUCCUGUUUGAGGCGCUCAGCCUAAACGACGACAUUGACAAGGUGCUCGAAAAGCUAGCUGAACUGCGCAAACAGGCCUCUGCUGCUGCUGCUGCUGGGGCAGGAGCAGGAGCGGGAGCAGGGGCAGGGGUUGGAGAUGCAGCGGCCGCGGCGGCAGCAGCGGAGCAACCAGCAGGUGCGGCUGCGACAGCGGUGCCACCAGUUGUGCCUCCCCCAGCUGCUGCCUUCCUGACGAUGGAUGAGGAGGAGGAGGGCGGGGCGGGAGGGCUGGUGCGGAACCGGGGAGGGGGGAAUAGGAGAGCGGGGAUGAGCGAGGAGGAGAGGGAGCUGGCUGAGCUUGAUGAGAUGGUGUUUGGAAGGAAGGAGGGAGGAGGAGGGGCAGGGAGUGGUGCUGGUGGUGCGGGCGGUGGUGCUGGGAGUGCACAGAGUGGGGCGGGCAAGAAAGAAGAGGACGAUUUGAUUGUGUUUUGA